UGGCAAAAAUAACAUUUUCCUCCUCGCUUUCUAUUUUUCUCCUUUCAUAGGGAUAAGGAGCUUCAGCGAACUGUUUUUCGUGAGAGAGCCCCAAGAUGUGACUAUUGCUAGAAAGGAAGCAGUAGUUUUAGACUGCCUGGCACAUGGUGAGGUCCCCAUCACCAUCACGUGGCUCAAAAAUGGGGUGAAGGUUUCUGAAAAUGAACAGAUCUACUCUCUGUCCAAUGGCUCUUUAUACAUCAGUGAGCUGGAGAGCAAGCAAGGUGAAACGCUGGAUGAAAGCUUCUAUCAGUGCUUGGCCCUGAAUAAAUAUGGCGCAGUUCUCAGCCAGAAAGCGCAUCUUACGUUAGCAACUGUCUCUGCAUUUGAAGUCCAGCCUCUUCCCACUGAGGUCCACGAAGGGAGCGUGGCUAGAUUUGCCUGCAAAAUCCCCGCUAACCCUCCAGCCAUUAUCACCUGGGAGGCAAAUCGGACAGCUCUGCUAAAGGACACGGACAGGAUAACUACGCUGCCAUCAGGAGUGCUACAGAUCUAUAGUGUUCAGCAAAAAGAUGCGGGGAGUUACCGUUGUGUUGCUACAACAGUUGCUGGCCGGCGGAAGAGUGGCGAGGCGACGCUCACUGUUGUCCCAGCUUCCAAUAUGAAGCUUUUCCAUAAGCCGUCCAUUAUAGCUGGGCCCCAAAAUAUUACAGCUUCUCUUCAUCAAACGGUCAUCUUUGAAUGCGUUGCCAUCGGGAAUCCAAAACCGAUUGUGUCCUGGAGUCGUCUUGACCUCAAGUCCAUUGAUGUUUUCAACACGCGGGUGCUUGGAAAUGGGAACCUCAUGAUCUCAGACGUGAAGGUGCAACAUUCUGGUGUGUAUGUUUGCCGCGCUACAAUCCCCGGCACACGCAACUUCACCACUGCGAUGGCAACACUUGUGGUGCUAGCGCCCCCUGCUUUUGUGGAGUGGCCAGAAAGCUUGACCAGGCCCCGAGCUGGCACAGCCCGUUUUGCCUGCCAGGCAGAAGGCAUUCCGACCCCCAAGAUAUCCUGGCUGAAGAAUGGCUGGAAGAUUCAUUCCAAUGGCAGAAUUAAGAUGUACAACAGCAAAUUGGUGAUCAACCAGAUCAUCCCUGAAGAUGAUGCCAUCUACCAGUGUGUGGCCGAGAACAGCCAAGGGUCUAUCCUUUCCAGGGCACGCUUGACAGUGGUUCUCUCUGAAGACCGACCCAGUGCACCUUGCAAUGUCCAUGCAGAAACAAUGUCAAGUUCUGCUAUUCUCCUGGCUUGGGAGAGGCCACUGUAUAAUUCGGACAAAGUGAUUGCCUACUCGGUGCACUACAUGAAGGCGGAAGGCUUAAAUAAUGAAGAAUACCAAGUGGUCAUUGGGAACGACACAACCCAUUAUAUUAUUGAUGACUUGGACCCUGCCAGCAACUACACCUUCUACGUAGUGGCCUACAUGCCCCUGGGGGCGAGCCAGAUGUCCGACCAUGUGACUCAGCACACGCUGGAAGAUGUCCCUCUGAGAGCUCCCGAGCUCAGCCUGACGAGCAGAAGCCCGUCCGACGUCCUCAUCUCCUGGCUGCCCAUCCCGGCCAAGUACCGGCGAGGGGAGGUGGUGGCUUUCCGCCUGUCCUUCCGCCUCAGCACAGAGAGCGGCGUCCAGGUUCUGGAGCUCCCGGGGGCCACCUACGAAUACCUGCUCCGGGGGCUGAAGCCUGACAGCAUCUACUUGGUCCGCAUUUCUGCUGCCACAAGAGUCGGUUGGGGCGAGGCCUCUCUGUGGACUUCCCAUCGCACCCCAAAAGCCACCAGUGUCAAAGCACCAAAGUCUCCUGAGUUGCGUCUGGAGCCUCUGAACUGCACAACAAUCACUGUGAGGUGGCAGCAAGAGCUUGCAGACGUGGCAGCCAUUCAAGGCUACAAGCUGUACUACAAGGAAGAAGGCCAGCAAGAAAGUGGGCCGAUUCUGCUGAAGGCCAGGGACUUCGCCUACACCGUCAGCGGCCUCGAUGUUUGUAUGCCACCCAUUUCACAAGAACCACAACACAUCGCCAUCAGUAGAACAAUCCCCAAAUACCCCAGAAGGAAGUAUCACGUCCGGCUGCUGGCGUACAACAGCAUGGAGGAAGGCUAUGAGGCAGACCAGACUGUCAGCACCCCCGGCUGCGUGUCUGUCCGGGACCGCCUGGUGCCACCCCCUCCGCCACCCCACCAUCUUUAUGCCAAAGCAAACUCUUCCUCCUCCGUUUUCCUGCACUGGGGGCGGCCCGCCUUCACUUCAGCACAGGUCAUCAACUACACUCUCCGCUGUCACCCCGUGGGGCUGCAGAAUGCUUCCCUGGUCCUCUAUCUUCAGACGUCAGAGACUCACUUGACGGUCCAAGGGUUGGAGCCAAAUACCAAGUAUGAGUUUGCUGUUCGGCUGCAUGUGGAUCAGCUCUCCAGCCCGUGGAGUCCGGUGGUUUACCACACCACCCUCCCAGAAGCCCCAGCCGGUCCACCACUGGGAGUGAAGGUGACGCUGAUUGAAGAGGACACAGCCUUGGUCUCCUGGAAGCCACCGGCUGGCAUCGGAAUCCUCAUCUCCCGCUACACCAUCCUUUACACAUCCAGGAAAGCUUGGAUUGCAGGCGAGUGGCAAGUCCUGCAUCGGGAAGGAACAAUAACCAUGGCUUUGCUGGAGAACCUCAGGGCAGGAAAUGUCUACCUCAUCAAAAUUGCUGCAUCCAAUGAAGUUGGUGAAGGGCCUUUCUCUAGCGCGGUGGAACUUGCAGUCCUGCCAAAGGAGCCAUCAGAGUCAAACCAAAGACCUAAACGCCUGGAUUCAGCAGAGGCUGACACAACUCUUUCUGGCUCUUACCAGUUGGACCAGAAGUCAAUGACGGGCAUAAUUGCAGGUGUUUCCAUUGCUCUGGUAUGCAUCUUGGUCUGCGUCCUUAUCCUGAUCUACCGUGGCAAAGCAAGGAAAGCAACACCUUCAAAAAGCAGCCGGUCCAGCCCCGAUCAGCUCGCUCGCAGCCACCACUCUUCUACGAGGGCCGACGAGGGAGCCAAAACUCUGGAAGGCUUGGCGGAGAAUGAGGAAUCUCUGUUGCCCACGAUGGUAGGGAGCAGCUUUCUGGAUGCCAAGGGUGGAACUGACCUUAUUAUAAACCGCUUUGGUCCAGUCACAAAGAACAGCGCCAAGAAGAAAUGGCUCUUCUUCCAUCGCUCUAAGAAGGAGAAAGCAGAGGAGGCCCCAAGGCGACUGGCUUCAGCAUCGUGCCGGUACCGGUCAGGGGCAGCCGUGCUGAUCGGCGAGGAGCAGCAGCUGAGUAAGCGAGUGACCUGCAGCCUGGGGACCGACACAGAGCAUUCAGCCAACAGCCAAGGCAGCCACGAGACCGGGGAUUCGGGGAGGUUCUCCCACGAGUCCAACGAGGAGCUGCACCCCCCUGCCGGCUUCGGGGCCGCGGAUCCCUUUCCAGGCAGUGACUCGCACUUGACAGCUGGGUGUCCUGUCCCCAGGCCGCUCCAGCCGCCACCGGUUCCUCCUUGUGGGCCGCUGGCAGGCGACGGCGAGGGGGCAUCUUGCAGGGGACAAUGAACCGGGAGGCCGAGCUUCCAGCGGGAUGCCCGAGGACCAGCAGGCAGCCCAUGUUUCCGUCGCCUCUUUGUGUUUUUCUUUCCUUGUGAAUGUCUGGCGCGCAAAAAUGUGAAAGGAGAGCAGGAAUCGCCCUCUUCUCCGUCACUGGAGCAAAGGUGGCCCCUUUGCUUGGAUAUCUACCUCAGUUUGCCAGAGGCAAACUCCAAAGAAAGCAAUCGCGUUACCUCAUUUGCUCGCGUGGAGGAGUUGCCCUUGGCUGUGCUGCCGAUGAUGACGACUUCCUAGCGGCCCUGUGUCCUUUCCCCCCAGAAUGUGCAGAGCGCGAGUGUGUGCGUGUGAGCCAAGGAGUUGUGUUGGGAAGCAGAGGGGGCGGCCCCACUGGCCUGGGGAGGAGUGCCCGAGGGGCCGGGGCAGAGGGCGCAGGCGGCUCUGCCUCCAAGCCCUGAGGGCCCCACCUGCCUUGACAGUGCCUUCUUCUGGUGUCCAUGGUUGGGGGAUUGGAGGCCCUUUCCCCCCCGCCUCCGCCGUGCCCUCUUGACCAGAUGGUUCCCCCAGUUUGGCCAGGCCAGGGGAUAGCCCUGGCAGUAACGGUGCCUUCCAUUAGAGAUAGCACGAACUCACUGCUUGCCUUAUUUGUGAAGUUUCUCCGGAGUACAGAAAGAGGCCUUACGUGUGCUCUGCAGGUCGGGUCUGGGGUCCCCCACAGGUUUCCCCAGCAGGUCCUAAGCAUUGGGAGGCCUUUGGCUUGGGACACAGCCCACAGGUGGGCGCUCUGCAUGGGCGCAUGAGCUCUGGCGGAGCCCCUCUCCCCUAAAGGCACAGUGGAGCGCCCCUCUUGGAAAGAGCCUUGUUCCCACGCAACUCCUGUUUUAUACUACCUCCGUUUAAAGUUAUUCUAGUGUUAUUGUUUUCCUGUACUCAGGGUGCAGUUUGUUACUUUUAAGCUGUCUUGCGCGUUGUGAGGCAAACUGACAGGGUAUCUCGUGUUUUGUUUUGUUUUGAAGUUGACGAGUGAGCGAGCGCGCAAGUGAUCGAGUGAAUGUGAGCAAAAGAGAGAGGUCCGUGUUCGCCAAAGCUGUAGGCGGCUGGUGCAGUUCCCUUCUGUUUCCACUUAGAAAAGGUGUGUUGAAGCAUCCCAGGUGUGACUCCCUGGGCCUCUUGCAGAUGACAAGAGAUGCCCGGUUAGGGUGGUAGGAUGUCAGCCUGAAGGGUGGUGGGCUUGCUGAGCCCCUUCCCAGCUCUCCCUGUCCCUCGCCUGACGGCAGCGAGCUGGCCUGCGGCCUUGGAAGAGACUGGAGGCCGCUCUGUUGGCUGGCCAGUGGUGGCCAAGGCAACACUGCCUUUCCCACCACUUUCUGAUGCAAAGGCUUUAAAGGAAAUAAUAAUCUUGUACCAAAGAAUGUUCUGUGGAAAAGCUGCAUAUUUUCCCCAAAAGAUAAUUGAGCUAGUUAAAAACUAUAGCAUUGAAUGAUUUUAUUGCCUAAGUAGAUGUUAACCCAAAGGAGCCGAGAACCAAAUGCAGAAUAGGAGCGGACCGGGUAGGCUAGGCUUACAGUGUGACUACGGCUGCCAGAAUCUUUUUAUGAAAGUGGAGUAAGACCUUCUCAGCUCCAAAGAUUUCAAGUGUAAUUUUGUUUUCCUCUCCUUCAGCAAUUCUAUUGAGUAGUAGAGAGAAUAUUUCUAGAUGUUUUAUAUAUCCUUGCUGAAGAAAAGGACGCUCGUCUUGCCAAAGAUUGAUUUGGGGGUCUUGUUGGGCAAAGCUGAGGCUGCCGCGCCGUGAAAUAACGCCUGCUCUCGCAGGCGGCUUUUGGGCGGCUUGCUGAGCUUCGUCGCAAUACACUCCGAGGGCCGAUGUGCUGUGGUGACCCCCUUCUUCUCCAAAGACUUGUUUGCUGUGAAUAUUGACACUUUCCGACCUCUUCCGGGUAGGAUGAGGCAGCGCCAGGGCCCCUCGUUUACAGCAGCUGGGGCGGAAGGACCCACUCGGAGCCCCUCCCGGGUGUCCUGCGCGCGCCGGACCCCCUUGCCGGCCACAGGGGGGUGGGCUGGAGCGGCGGCUUUCUGGCCAGGGGAGAUUCCCUGCAGCUGGCCCGUCCGGCGGGCUGCCUCGGGUCCUUUUCUCCCGAGUCCCCAAAGAGUCAGCUCCAGAGGGGGUGAUCUGCGAGUGCGGGAGUGGUGUCGGUCCCAGGUUGCGUUGCAGCAAAUGAGGAAAACCAAAGAUGUGUACGGUCCCCUCAGCGCUGGGGCCUGUGCUGGACAGGCAGGUGACCUUUCUUUGCUUUCGCCAUUCUUUUCUCUCGAAUCGGCACGUUCUUUUCCUGCGCCUCCCCCGCCUGUAUCCGGAGGGGGCUGGUGGUCUUUCCUUCCUCUUAGGGCAAGCUUGGGUGGGCCUGGGGUGGGGGCGAGGUUGACUCUCGCCGGGAGGCUGCUUUUCGGAGCUGGGGAGGACUUUCCUAGCAAAAUUGCUGCUUUCCUGCCCUCUUCUUUUGAACCCAGUGGGGCCUAAGGGGUGCAGCUGUGCUCUCUAGGCAGCAUCCGACCCCAUGAGUUCCUGUGGGACAUCCCAAGAAAGCAUUUUGGAAGCGUUCCCUGAAUUGCAGCCCCCCUCCCGCCCCUAAGUGCAAACGCUGAGCUUGCCGUUUUGCCAUCAGCAACACAGGCAGGUGCAGCAGCUGGCUUUUGUGGGAACACCUGUGAUCAAGUCCUACAUUCUUGGGGAGGAGAAAACUGCUCCUUGGGUGAAGGCCACUUUUCCAAAUAUCAGUUCAGUGGCAUAUUGUCCACACGAUACCAAGCAAAGAGCCAGAUCGGGGCACGGUGUGUCUGUGUGUACAGUUUGCAGGUCCUUCUGGCCGCCAGAUGUGACUUCAGAACGGCUCUCCGCCCUCCUCCGGGCACAAGGGGUGCUUGCCCUUCUGACUUGCACUGGCGGGGCUCAGACUCCAUCCACAGCUGUGCUGUGUGGACUCAGCCACUGCCACCUGCUAGCCACCUUGUAUAGAGCGUGUACUACAUGAACCCCACCAGUUACGGCAUGCUCGGCAAACCACGGCACCGUCCUUGGCGCGACCCUCAACCCCAGCUUUCAGGAUAAGACAGCUGGCUUAAUUUUGUUCUGGAAACUCUUCUGUUUCCUGAAAAUAUCUGUCUCUUAAAAAGAGGUUUCUGUUUUUCCAUCUGAUCCUCGGGGUGUUUUAGAAUCCUGGCUUGCAUCGUCGCUGCAAGGUCGGCUGUUUUUUUCUGUGAGGCAUUUCUUCGGGCAGAAUUGUCUCGCCGCUGCUUUUACCCUCCCUGUUCUGAAAAGCUCCCUUGCUGCCAGGUUGCCCCGCCCCCAAGAGUGGCAUAGUGAAGCCUCAGGAAAAGGGGUCUGUAGUAGCCCCGCCAGGGCCUUUCCUCACACGCCCCGGCCGCCUCGCGUCUCAGGAAAGGGCAACAGCGCUCACCUGUGCCCUGGGGGGAAAGCCCCGAGAUCGGACCGGGAGAGCGGCUAAAACCAGAGCAGAAGAAACAAGUGGCUCUCUGAAAGCAGUCGCAUCCGGGCUCUAAUGCUGCGGUCGGUCCGCUUGUGCCAACACGAGCAAGCGCGAGCCUCGCUGCCGGGGUGUGCUUUGCAGGCGCUCUCCCUAACCCUUGGGGCAACCUCCACCCCCCCUAGAUGGGAACUGGGCCAAGCGGAAGGAAAGGGGCUGCGUUUCGCUUCUGCUGCUGCGCCACAAACAGCCCGUUCCAUCGGCCUGGCGGUGUGCUGAACGGCCCUUUAGAACAAACUCGCUUCUGUGGUCUUUCCGAAGAUGUGAAUGAAUUGCAAGUGCGGAGCCCGGUGGAGCUUUCCGGCCAAGGGUGUUCUGGGUCCCGCCACUCCUGCUGUUUUCUUGAAGGGCGCCAACGGCUGGCUGGCGAAUGGAGGACGGAGCUGAGUUACGUUAGUUUUCUGUUUGACUCAGGGGAUCAGCUCCGUGAAUUCCAUUGCGCGAGGACGGCCGGCGGCUGCCUGAUAAUGAAUGUACCUUUUAAGAUGUCUUUUUUAACGUUUUGCUUAUAAUGUGGAUUUUAAAAAAAAACUCCUUUGAUAGCCUAGUGAACGUUUACCGUGUGUUCCUCCCUCACCCCUCACCCGUUCCCAGGCUUGUCCUAAUGUUAGCACAAACAUCAUGCCAAAAAUGCGUAGAGGUUUAAAUGCCAAAGUGUUUAUGGAACUGCUGUCUUACACAGAUGGAUUGCACAGUCGAAAUAAAAGUUUCCUGUAGUGACCGCU